GAGUAUUUCGAAGUUAGUAACUAUGUACUUUGAAAACACGAAAGGAGCACAAAGAAAUAUCUUCGAAGCAUCAAAGUUGAUGGUUUGACAAUAUUUUACAAACUUGGUUUGUAAAAUAAGUUCUUUAAGUGGUGCAUCAUUACACGAUAAUAUACCUUGUGUUGUUGUAACGGUGAUUAUUAUAACGGAAGAAUUUUCUAUGAUCACUGGCAUUCCAAAAAGAAUAUGUUACGGAUAUUUGUAAUUGUUAUCAUCGCAAAUGCAGCGAUGGCGCAGGUGCCAUUUUUGGGUACAUGUCCAAACUUGGAAGCAAUGCAAAAUUUCGAACUUGAAAGAUAUUUGGGCAAAUGGUACGAAGUCGAGAGAUAUUUUGCGUGGUUUGAAUUUGGUGGAAAAUGUGUGACAGCUAAUUACAGUCUGAAUGAAAAUGCUUCGGUGAAAAUCCUGAAUAAACAAAUUUCUUCAUUAACUGGAGUCGCAACGAGUAUCGAGGGCAUUGCAAGGUUAAUUGGUAGAUCCGAUGAUCCUAAAUUGACCGUCACUUUUCCAUCCUUGCCACUGCCAUUCGAUGCACCUUAUUGGGUUCUAGACACAGACUACAUAUCCUAUGCCGUAAUAUGGAGUUGUACAAAUCUCGGAGUUCUUAAUGUACGAAACGUUUGGAUUUUAACACGAGAACCAAAACCGUCAGUCGCAGUUGUAGAAAAGGCUUAUCAAAUUAUCGACAAGAAUAACAUCAGCAGAGCGUAUUUUAUUCGUACAGAUCAAAAAAAUUGUCCGGUUACGAAUUAA